AUGAACUUCCAGGCAUGGAUCAGAGUCGCUGGCUCCAAAAGCGCCUGUCUUAGACAGCCGCUUCGAACUUCUCGCGAGGCCUGGCGGCCUUGUGCGACGCAAAAGGGACGUCGAAAGCUGGAGUUCCAGAAGACUCCGCGAAGGCCAUCUGCGACAGGCGAUGCUGAAGCAGUGACCAGAGCGCAGGAGAUGGGGCUGCCGAUGAGGCCGGGCGUGUGCGAUUGGCUGUGCGCCCAAGCUGAAAGGACCACCUCCAAUAGAUGGAGCCCCCAUCUGGCUGUGAUGAACUGGCACCAGGAAGAAACAUGCUCGUGGCGUCGAGAUGAAGCCAGUUGA